AUGGUUCCACUGUUUCUGUUGUCGCUUGUUUCGUUCUCCAGUGCAGCAGCCCCUUCCAUCCAGUGGAAGAACUGUACCCUGGAGAAUUUCCCAGCACUGUCAAACAUUGGGCUGCCUGCUGAGUACGCCCCCUUGUUGGGACCGGCGCCCGGCCUUGACUGUGCGGAACUCCAGGUGCCCUUGGACUGGAGCCGUCCUCAUGGAGACACUAUCACCCUGGGCAUGUCAAGAUACCGAGCUCCCGGCUCCGGAAAGCACAAGGGCAGUAUCAUAUACAACCCGGGUGGGCCAGGAGGUGUUGCCUCGAUAUCCUCGAUGGCACAAGCUAUUGGCAUCCCUUUCUAUACAAACGGAACGACCCAGAACUACGACGUGAUUGGACUCGACCUUCGUGGGAUUGGCUUGAGCACACCAGUCAAGUGUGACCCAACACUGUACAACAAACGCGCUUCGCUGUUUCCGUCGACCGAGGCAGAAUUCAAAGCACUGGUGGAUUCAAACCGAGCAUUUGGCGAGAGCUGCCGGAACAAAACCGGAGCUUUAUUCUACAACCUCGACACCGCCAGCGUCGCAAGGGAUCUCGAGGCCGUCCGCAUUGCGCUCAGGGAAGACAAGUUAAAUUUGAUCGGACUCUCUUACGGCACUCAGAUCGGAGCCCAGUAUGCCGAGUUGUACCCCGAACAUGUUGGGAGACUGGUCCUCGAUGGGAACGUUGACCACUCCCAGACUGAAACAACUGCCUUGCAAACUGAAUCUUCCACCUACGAGGACGUCCUCAAUCACUUUUUUUGCCUGGGCCAAAACCUUCCCGAGAUCUUCGACGACCUCGUUGCCCUGGCCGACGCAUCCCCUAUUCCCGCACCCGGAUGCAGAGGGAACCAGAGCACCUGCCGACCAUUUGUGACAGGCGAAGACAUCCGCCUCAACGUCCAAGGAAACGGGUACCUGAACUUCGUAGAACCAGUCUCCGGAAGGGGAACAUCGGGCUGGGCAAACCUAGCGCAAGUCCUCAACGAAACCAUCGCCGGCAACGCCACGGGUCUAUCCUCCACGAUAGCUACCAGUGAGACUGACCCUUCAUACCCCUCCCUCGCAGUCGGAUGUCUCGACUGGUCACACAGCUCCACAACCCUGUCGCAGCUCAAAUACAAGUCGCAGCUCGGCCACUACCUUGCACCGCACACAAAGGGCGCUACCCAGUCCUAUCUCUACGAAGCCGGCUGUAUUGGCUGGCCCGCGCCUGUGAAGAACCCGCCUCAUACGCUCAACCAAACUGCCAUGGCAAAGGCGCCGCCAAUCCUGAUGGUCAACGCCUUCCAUGACCCCGAGACUAGCUAUGUCUGGGCGCAUGGCCUGCUAGCGCAGAUUCCGUCGGCAGUUCUGCUGACGAGAGAUGGGAGUGGCCAUACGUCUUAUUCUCUGGGUGGUGCGGCGUCCAAGGCAAUUGAUGCUUUCCUUGCUAAUGGGACGCUCCCGGCACCGAAUACCAUUGUAGAUUCGUGAUGGAUAUUAGAUAGAGGAGAUGAUCGGAUUGAAUAUUUUUGAAUUUCCUUGUAUUUACCAAGUACUUCUAGCCUUGGCGUAUGAGCGAGGCAUUCUGAAUAUACUAGACAAAUAGACAAUGUUGUACUGUCUUGUUUUAAUGAAAAUGUGACACGCAUACUAAUC